UUCCCUCUCAGCACUUGUUUGCACCCUUGAGCCUUCAGGCCAGAAGGGACUCCCAGAGCACAGACCAGCCACAACUGCACGGGAGCCACAGAAGUCUCCCAGGCCUACACAGCUUUUCUCAAAAAAUGUAAUAACGCUUUUUCUGGUCGCAGAAGGAGGAUGAUGAAGGGAAUGUCAUCGUUUGGGAAGUGCUGUAAUAAGAUGCACACAUUGUGCCGACGCUGUGGCUCUAAGACCUACCACCUUCAGAAGUUGACCUUCGGGCCAGGCGCGUUGACCUUCGGCAAAUGUGGCUACCCCGCCAAGAGCAAGAGAAAGUAUAACUGGAGUGCCAAGGCUAAAAGACGAAAUACCACCGGGACUGGUCGAAUGAGGCACCUAAAAAUUGUGUACCGCAUAUUCAGGCAUGGAUUCCGUGAAGGAACAACCCCUAAACCCAAGAGGGCAGCUGUUGCAGCAUCCAGCUCAUCUUAAGAAUUUCACCGAUUAGUCACGCAAUAAAUGUUCUGAGAUAGGAAGA